AUGGCCUCGGCCGGCCGCGGCGCCGCGCUUGCCGCGCACGCCCGCACCUGGCUCCGCGCGGUCCGCGCCUUCAUCGUGUGCGACCGGCCGCCCGACCCGGCGCUCGGCCUGGUCAACAGCAGCCGGAUGCGGAUCGCGGUGCUGUCGGGCGUGGCGGGCUGCCGAAACUCGGACCUGUACUCGACGGCGAUCGUGCUCGGCAACCGCACCUUCCCCAACUACUCGUGGAUGCUCUUUACCGAGGACGACACCUUCUUCGUCCCUCGCAGCCUCGCCUCCUUCCUGGGCAUCUUCGACCCGCAGAUGCCGCUCUGGUUCUCGGCGCACGGCUGCGAGGCGUCCUACCCGCCGGUCGCGUGCGUGGACUCCCGCUACCAGCGCGCGGCCGAGCGACACGUGGCGCCGCACCUGCGCGGUGGCCGGGCGGCGCAGCUGCUGCAGCCGAUGUUUGGGCCCGCCUUCGCAAAGCUGGACGGGCGGGGUCGCCGCGUCGACCUGCGCGGCCGCAACAUGUCCGCCUACGUCCGCGACGUCACCUCCAACUGCGGCGGACUCGGCUGCGUCUUUUCGCGCGCGCUGGUGCACGGUCUGCCGGCGUCCGACCUCGAGGCGUGCCACGGCUGCGCGGUCGGCAUCGCCGACCUCCAGACCUCGCGCUGCAUGUACGGCAGCUCGGGGGUGGGGCCGAUCGGCGUGCCCGCCUUCUCGUGGGGGCAGAGCGCGGCGCGCGCGCUCGGCAUCUUCUCGGUGCACAUGCGGAGUCAGUGGGGGCGGGCGCACCAGCGCGGCCAGCAGCUCGACGAUCCCCUCAAGGCGUCCCUGCACCACCCCGCUGACCCCUCCCGGAACUCGCUCGUAGACCAGCAGCUCAACGAGACGGUCGAGGCGGCGCACCGGAGCGGCGAGGCGCUGCACGCCGCCAUCGCGCGCCUCGAGGCGGACGGCCAGCGGGACGCGUCCGCAGAGGCGGAGCGGCGGCGCGUGUGCUGCCAGCUGGUGACGGCCGACUUGCCCAUCUGCGAGAAUGGUUGCACGCCGUGGCCGGCCGCCACUCGGUCGCACUCGUCGUGCAGCUCCAAAGUCAUCUUUGUCGUGGCCACCGCCUCGCUGGCGGCGGCCUGGGUCGUGUGGAGGCGGCUGUGGCGGCUGCGGGUGGCGCACGCCUUUGAGGCGCGCAUCCGUCGUCGCGCAUCCGCCUUUCGCUCGCCGUGUGUCCUGGACGCCUCGCCAGCCACUGCCAAGAGCUAUCCGUCCGGCUCACUCGAGCUCAUCGAGGACGACCUGCGGGCUGCGCUUGGAGCGAAGACCGCGGAGGCAUUGGUCGAGGCACUCCACGGUCUGUGCGGCCUGCGGUCGGCGUUCGAGCUGCGGCGCGAGCUCAUCAGCUACAAAAAGGCGUGCCUCUGCCUCUUCCAGGACGCGCAGCGGCUCGAGCUCUCCCUCCACCGCCAGGCGAUGUUCUUCUUCCGCGACCACCCGUCUCGCACCGCCUUCCACCUCGCCCCGCACUGGCCCGAGUACUCCUCGGCGGCGACGGCGCUGGAGAGGGCGAGGGCGGUGCGGGUGGCGCUGCACGACGUACGAGACCUCUCAAAGGCGAUCUGCGCCCUGCCGCGCCACCCCGCCACCGCGACACUGCCGCCGCGUCUGCGCGGCCUCUCUCUCGCGGGCCAAGCCACCGUCGACAAGGCGGAGGCCUUUAUCGGCCGCCUAGACGCCCUGGCGGCGGGGCGGGAGAGUGCGCAGGCGGCGGAGGCGGAGGCGGCGGAGGCGGAGGAGGAGAAGGAGGAGGAGGUGGUGGCGGAGGCGGCGGCGGCGGCGGAGGCGGAGGCGGAGGCGGUGGCGGAGGCGGAGGCGGUGGCAGCGGCGGAGGCGGAGGCGGCGCCAAGCUCUGCCCUCGCGCCUCACGGCCUCCUCGACGCCGGCGCAGCCGUGUCGUGGGUCAAGCACACGGCCGCUCGUCGCACUCGCGUCGAGCUCCCUCCGCCGCCCGACGGCAAGGGCGACGGCAAGGGCGAUGGCAAGCGCGACGGGAAGCGCGGCGAGGGGAAGGGAGAGGGGAAGGGCGGGUCGCGCGCGGGCGGCGCGGGGCGGAGCCAGCGGCUGCGGGGCGCGAUGCCUUGCCGCGACUGCGGCUGCGCUGUGGCGGUGCCGUGGGCGAUCCUCCUCCCCGGCGGCCGGCCGCAGCUGCUCUGCUGGCGGUGCGAGGAGGGCGCGCGGCAGGUGGGGCGCUGUCCGCUCGACGACGCGCCGCAGCCGCACGCAGAGGCGCAGCUCAAGCCGCGGCGCAAGCCCCGCGCCGCGCGGCACGCGUUCUGCCCGCACCAACUGCGGUGCGCCGCCUGCGACGCCUCCUUCCGCUCGUGCGCCGACUGCCGACUCUCGCAGGGCGACGGCGACGUGGUGGUGGACUUGUGCGCGCGGCUGCGGCCCGCGGCCGUGUUUCUCGACUUUGAUCGCACGCUCUGCUCGACAAAGUCGGGCGGGUCGCCGUACGCCGGCGGGCCGCACACGCUCGACCCCGAGCUGCUCUCCGCGACGGCGCUCUACCCGACCCACGUCGUCACGAGAAACUCGCACGAGGGCGAGAUCCGCGCCUUCCUCGCGGAGCGGGGCGUGCGGCUCGCCGGCCUCUGCGUCACGUCGAAGGGCCGCUCCAAGGCCGAGUACGUCGCCUCCACUCUCGCCGCCCUCGGAGGGGCGCCGGAGGCCGACGCGCCGUGCGCCGUCUUCGUCGACGACUCCGUGGCCGAGGUGGGGGACCCGAAGCUGGUCUCCGACGCGCGCGUGUGGCGCGUCCUCUUCCAGCGAGCCGUCGGCUGA